GCUGGACGGAGAGAGCAAUCUUUGAUGUGUGACGCACCGGGGAGACGCCUGUAGCAAGUCGACUCUCACACACAACAUAAAAACACAAGAUCACUCAUUCCUCAGCAAUGUGGCCUUAUAAACAUACACAGUUUAGGAAUUCAGAGUUUUAGGAUCCUGUACAAGCCAUGACUGUUCUAUUGGCCCCAUAUGAUAGCCUAUUAAAACUACGAGUCCCACAUAUUCAAAUCCUAGACUCAUGCAACAUUGACAAACCUAAAACUGACUGUUUGGAUACAAUUCAUGUGUGGGAGCUGGAAUUGUAGUAUUUCCCCAAUAGAUUGUGUUUUGGUAAAAGUUGCUCUCAUCAUUGGUAUCAGGUGAACUGCUGAGAUGUCUUUGAGGAUCAACUCAGCAGGUGUAGGAACAGGUGGAUGUGUCAGGUGCACCUUCAAGCCCUUAUGAGCUCAAAUUUUCGCGGGCUUUAGGACCGCGGGAUGAGAGGCAACAUCUGCGAAGAAGAAGAAGAAGAAGAAGAAGAAGAAGAAGAAGAAGAAGUUGGAGCUUGAACCUGCUCUGUCUGUCACUCCUGUCCCAGGUCUGGUGCUCUGGUCCAUGGAUGCGGAGCUACACUCCAGGAGACUAAUGCACGAGUUGCUUAUUUUUCUACUUUUUGGAUAAUCCCUGUCGAAUCUCAUCACUUUGGGUGAAUUUAAACGACUUCGAAGUUGAGUCAAAGCUCAACAAUGGGGAAGUCAAGACAACACCGGAUCAACUUCGUGUCCCCCUCUCCUCUGCACCCCUCAUCAUGAGGCUGUGGGGUAGAGCUAUAGCUGUCCGGAGGAAGAUGCUCUGCCUCUGGCUGCUGCUCCUCGGGUUCACCCUGGUUUCUCUGGCGCUCUCGGACCUCUUCAACAACUGGCUCCGGGACCACAGUCAUCAGCAACCUGGCCCUCCCCGCCGCCCCCUCCAACGGAUUCCCAAUGCACCGGACCUGGAGGUGAUUGUGGACUCCCGGGACCCUGCAUUAGAGCUCGGUAUUGAUCUCGCCCCGUUACAAUCUCUGCAAGAAGACCAGCUUUUAUUCGUGCCAUCGGCGCAGGGAACCAAGAACCCGCCGCAGAAGAAAGGGAGUUACAAGGUGCUUCUCCCCGGAGCAAACAAGGACUCCCGCGCGCCUGCGCCUCCGACGCACGGUGGAACGGGGGAAGGAGCGCGGCUUCAAUUGGAGGGUGUGGAGGGAGACGUGGAGUUUUCUGCGUUGCAGAAGUACGGUUUCAACGAGGUGGUCAGCGAGAGGAUAUCGCUGCAUCGCAGGCCGCCCGAGGUGCGCCAUCCGGAGUGUUUGGGGGAGCAGUACAGCGAGUCGCUGCCGUCGGCCAGUGUUGUCAUCUGUUUCCAUGACGAGGCUUGGUCCGCACUCCUGCGCACCGUGCACAGCGUGCUGGACACUGCACCCAAACAGCAUCUGCAGGAGGUCCUUUUGGUAGACGACCUUAGCCAGCACGGUCACAUGAAGAGUGUGCUCAGUGAAUAUGUGUCUCAUCUGGAAGGGGUGCGUUUGAUCCGCAGCACCAAGCGCCUGGGCGUUGGGGGGUGCCGGACUCUGGGUGCUACCAGAGCUGCGGGAGAGGUGCUGGUGUUCAUGGACUCCCACUGUGAAUGCCAGAGGGGUUGGCUGGAACCACUGCUGGAGAGAACGUCUCAUUGCAGGACCAGAGUGGUGUCCCCCAUAAUGGAUGUGAUAGACUGGCAGACCUUUCAGUACAAUGCCACCCAGUGGCCAGUCAGGGGAGUGUUUGACUGGAGACUUGACUUCUACUGGGAAUCUAACCCUCAGCUGCAAGAUAAAGACCCAGACUCAGCUGUUCGACCUGUGCAGAGCCCGGCGUUAGGAGGCGGAGUCGUGGCCGUUGACAGGCAUUUCUUCCAGAGUGUGGGAGCCUACGACCCUGGGAUGCUGCUGUGGGGAGUGGAACAAAUUGAGCUGUCAAUCAGGGUGUGGUCAUGCGGGGGAUCCAUGGAGGUGGUUCCUUGCUCACGCGUUGCUCACCUCGACCAUCACCACCUGCCUUUCCGCUUCCCAGAGGAGCAGCUUCAGAGGAACAAGAUCCGGACAGCAGACACCUGGAUGGACGCAUACAGGAACAUCUUCUACAGGAGAGACACACUUGCUCAUUUCAUCAGGCAGUCUGAGAACCCGAAUAUCACAGAGCGUCUGCGGCUUAAGAGGAGUCUGGGCUGUCGUAACUUUCACUGGUACCUGACGACAGUUUAUCCACAACUUUACAUCCCCCAGGACAGACCUACACUGUCAGGCGAGCUGUACAACGUCGGCACUGGCAGCUGUGCAGACUACCCCCGUGGGCUGGGACCACAGGGUGGGGCCCUGAACGCAGCGCCGUGCAGUGGGACGGGCAGCCAGCACUGCGAUCUGAACUCUGAGUUUGAAGUGCGUUGGGGUCCCAUGGGGGCUUUGUGUUUGGACGCCAGUGGCGAGCGGGUGAUCUUAUCUCCGUGCCCCACACACCGACCAACCACCAGCAGACUCCAGUGGAAGUUCAUAAAGCUGAGCGGUCAGCUGGUUCACCAGCAGUCCCAGUUAUGUCUCGAGGUUGUGAAGGAAGGAGCUCUCACACAAAGCAGCCCGAGAGAAGUCAACGCCCACUCAAAGACAGGGGGUCUCUUCCUGCGCCCCUGCACCCAUCACCCGAGACAACAGUGGCACUUUGAGCAACUCGUCGCUCCUAACGGGGCCUGACACAGAGCAGCGAGGGAGUCCUGCUAUUAAUGUAUGUUAUCUUAUGCUAUGUGCUCUGCAUAGUGGCAUGCAGGAGUACAAUGGAGCACAAAAACAGACGCCUUUUUUCUGCACUUAGCCAGUUAGCUUUUUGCUCCUGUUUUAAGGAUAGCAAAUUCAAGUUAUUGUUAGAUAAUAAAAAGACUAUCUAAAGAAAUAAAAUACAAGAUACGAUUACGUUGAUUUAUUCAAAAGUGUUUAUUUGGUAAUACUCAUUGUAUUUAUGUAUAUUUGAUUAUAUUCUUACAUGCAGAGAACAUUAUCUUAAAUGAUCUCAGUAGGCUAAAUGCUGUCAUGAAUUCAUGAUCUUUCAUAUGUUCUUGUGCACAUUACGGAAAGAUCAGCUGACAUUAAUCACAUGAUCUGCAUAAAUUUACCUGGAUUGAAAUUAUGAGGGAGAACUUGUACUAGAGAGGACCAUGGUAUAUCAUGAUAAUAAAUAGAAUUUGUUCUGGACAAAACUUUAACCUUGACACCACCAUUGCACCUUUCCCCUCUCUCUAACUCAAAGUAGAGUUAAAAUAAAACAAAAGUGUGACUUAAAACCAAUUGAUCACAUUGAAUAUGAAGAGAUUAGAAAAAUGGGUUCUUCUUUUUCUGUACAGUUCAAUUACUGGUAGGGAUCAGGUAAAACAUAGUUAAAUUUGUUACAGUCAUUUUAUGACGGACUUAAAAGUAGAUUUAUUAUCAAAAGAAAUGUUUGAAUAUCACUUACUUUUCAGGUGCAUACACACUUAUGGUUGUGUACUGUCCCUGCAAACCCAGGUGUUUUUAAUUAUUCUAUUGAUUAGAGAGCUCAUCAUUCAAUUAGUCAUAGUAGGAAAAUCACAGCUGUUAUAAUCACUUUAAUGAUGUCGCUGUUCUAUUUAAGUGUCUGAGUGUAAGACGUGACAGUGUGACAGUAAUCCAGAGAGCGCAUUACUGGAAUAUAACCAUUAGUCAUUGAUCCUUACGUGCACUUUUCUCCAAAAAAACCUUCGGUGCAACUGAACUCAACAGGAGAGUAAGAGAGACGACUAGCAGGUAGCCUGAAAGCACACACCAUGUUUUAUUCAAACCUGUUGUGUGGUUUCAUCAUGCGUUUGGGAUCAUGCUAUUUAUAAUUCAUAUUGACCAAAAGUGUAGACUCAUAUAUUAUCAGCUGCCAACAGCAGAGGGAGCCAUCUGCCUGAAACAUCUCCUAAAGCCCCAACUGAUCACUUUGUUAUUGUUAUGCACAAAUAUGAUUCACGAGAAUAUCCAUAAAGAUGUCCGACUAAUAAACAUGAUUAUUCCACACAGUCGGCCUAUCAUGUAACGGUAAUAUUCUAAAAUGCGUGGGACUGAGAUGAUGCCGUGAUUAUGAUGUGAUAAACAUCCAGUGCCAUGUGU